ACUUUCCCCGGGAAGCCCGGCGGAGGAGGGGCUUCGCCCUCCGCGUCGCGGCUUCCGGUUGCCCUCAGCUAACGUUUCGUUGAAUUACGUCGGGUCUGGUGCCGGGGUUGAGUCUUGUUCCUGUGUGACAGACGAAGAAACCAGAAAAUUCAAUGUCGGCAGAGGACCGAGAAGCUCAGGAGGAUGAAUUACUGGCCCUGGCGAGUAUUUACGAUGGAGAUGAGUUUAGAAAAGCAGAUUCUGUGCAAGGUGGAGAAACCAGAAUCUAUUUGGAUUUGCCACAAAAUUUCAAGAUAUUUGUGAGCGGCAAUUCAAAUGAGUGUCUCCAGAAUAGUGGCUUUGAAUACACCAUUUGCUUUCUGCCACCACUUGUGCUGAACUUUGAACUGCCACCAGAUUAUCCAUCUUCCUCCCCACCUUCAUUCACACUUAGUGGCAAAUGGCUGUCACCAACUCAGCUCUCUGCUCUCUGCAAGCACCUGGACAACCUAUGGGAAGAACACCGAGGCAACGUGGUGCUGUUUGCCUGGAUGCAGUUUCUUAAGGAAGAGACCCUGGCGUAUCUGAAUAUUGUCUCUCCUUUUGAGCUGAAGAUGGGGUCUCAGAAAAAAGUACAGAGAAAGAUGGCUGAAGCCUCUUCUGAUACAGAGUUAGAUUUUGGAGGAGCUGCUGCAUCUGAUGUUGACCAAGAUGAAGUUGUGGAUGAGAGAGCUGUGCAAGAUGUGGAGUCAUUGUCAAGUCUAAUCCAGGAAAUCUUGGACUUUGAUCAAGCUCAGCAGAUGAAAUGCUUUAAUAGUAAAUUGUUCCUGUGUAAUAUCUGUUUCUGUGAGAAACUGGGCAGUGAAUGCAUGAACUUCUUGGAGUGCAGACAUGUGUAUUGCAAAGCCUGCUUGAAGGACUACUUUGAAAUCCAGAUCAAAGAUGGUCAAGUUAAAAGUCUUAACUGUCCAGAACCAAAGUGCCCUUCAGUGGCCACUCCUGGUCAGGUCAAAGAGCUGGUGGAAGCAGAUUUAUUUGCCCGUUAUGACCGCCUUCUCCUCCAGUCCACUUUGGAUCUGAUGGCAGAUGUCGUGUACUGCCCCCGCCCAUCCUGCCAGCUGCCUGUGAUGCAGGAGCCUGGCUCUACCAUGGCCAUCUGCUCCAGCUGCAACUUUGCCUUCUGUACUUUAUGCAGAUUGACCUACCAUGGGGUUUCUCCAUGUAAGGUAACUGCAGAGAAGUUAGUAGACUUACGAAAUGAAUACCUUCAAGCAGAUGAAGCCACUAAAAGAUUUUUGGAACAGAGGUAUGGGAAGAGGGUGAUUCAGAAGGCCUUGGAAGAGAUGGAAAGUAAAGAGUGGCUGGAAAAGAACUCAAAGAACUGCCCUUGUUGUGAUACUCCUAUACAGAAAUUGGAUGGAUGUAACAAGAUGACAUGCACUGGCUGUAUGCAGUAUUUCUGCUGGAUUUGCAUGGGUACUCUCUCAAGAGCAAACCCUUACAAACAUUUCAAUGAUCCUGACUCUCCAUGUUUUGACAGGUUGUUCCAGGCUAUGGAUAUUAAUGGAGAUGUUUGGGGAGCUGUAGAAGACUAAGUCCUGCUCAUGAUCUGCGGUCAAAUGGUUUGUCCUAGUCUUCUAUCAAGUACACAGGAAAUCUUACACGAUAUUUAGGGUACCAUGCACUCCUGUGUAGAAGAUAAGGGAGAACGGGUUUAUAUUUUCACUUGAUAUUAUUGAUCAAGACAUACUCAUACAUUUUUUUCCAUGUAAGAUAAACUGGUAAAAUUAUAAGCCAAAGGUUCAGAAAAUGAAAACUGUAUGCUAUUGAAUAGUAUAAUGUACCCAAAACUCUAAGUUAAAAAAAUAUUUAUUUUCUUCCCCAAGCUCCAAGUAAAGCCAAGGGACAAGAGGCAAACUUAUUAACCCAUGUUCAAGGAACAUCCUCUGAGACGUCCUGUUAGAGCCCUCUCACUACUACUACUUACAGAUGGAGUGAGUCAAAGCCUUGCCCAGACUGAGAGAGCCUGUUCUUAUUCAUCCACAUUGCUCACAUUCCUUCCGACCUAAAUUUCUGUUGUUAAUUCUCUUUGGAGAGAGGUUUCUGCUCUAUGACUGGAUGUCCCAAUCUCGUUUUACCUUGCUAUCAGAAUAGAAAUUUAUAAUAAUUUAAGAAAUAUUUUUAAUAUCACAAACCCUGUGGGGCACUUGAUAUUUAUGAGUGGUAUAUAUAGUCUAUGGGUUUUGAGCUAAUUCUAGAAUUCAGUGAUUGUGGCUCAGAAGGUUCCCCUGUCACACUUUCCUGGGGGAAAGAGCUUAGAUUCAAAAUUUGUAUUUGCUCCCUUUGUUUCAUACUUUCUCCCUCAAUGUUAGUUCCAGACGCACGUGUUUUUAUUUCCUGCUGGAAUAGGAGCAAGCCUAACAUAUUCCUGAGCUGAGCAUUCUUUUGAACCUGUGCACAGUACUGUAGCUGUAGUCCUAGCUUUCUGAAUUCUUAAGGUCUUCUCUAAUUACCUGUGGGAAUUUGGUAUCUUACCCUGUUUUGGAACAAGUGCUUUAUGUGAUAAUUUUAGCUUGAUACCUAGAUUCCUACUUCUAAGUUUUGUUGGCUUUUUGCACAUUGGUCUUGCCUCAUGGUUUGGUGAGUGGCAUGGUAGCUACUCGGUAGAUAUUUUUGAAAAAGAGGACAGAAGAAUUCAACUGCAGAUUGUGAACAUGUUCAUUUUUCUAACUUGACACUGAAGAGUAAGGAAUCAUUUUCAACUAUCAGCAAGGACUGUUUCUGGAUUGUCAAUGAAGAUGCUUAAUCUUAAAAAUAAAAGUAAUUCUAAAAAUCA